AAAUGGUUCGGUUGUUAUCAAUGACAACUUUUUUUCCGAUCUAGUUUAGUUUUGUGAUUAAUUGUUUUAAUUCUUGUGCUUAUCUUUCUUAUCUUGCUUCUGUUUGUUUAUUGCUUCAAAGAAGGGUGACGAUGAGUACACCAAUAAAAACAUCUUCAUCUACAACCUCAACCGGUUCACCGAGAACCGUUUCUUGUUCAAGUGGUUCCCUGAAUGGUGAAGAUAUUAUUGAAAAAUUGCGUUCAACUCGUGAAGAUGUUUUCAUCAAAUUGGCGAGGAUGCAUUUGUUGUUUAACAUUGACGCGGUUGGGGAUACACUAGCUUCCUUGUUUGACGAGAAAACAAAAGAUUGUGAUGGUCCGAAACAAAUUUGUGAUGAGUCAAUCAGACGGAUGAACCAACUGAUUAAUUUUAUUUCUCAAGACUCAAAUAUUGUGCAAGAGGGAAUAUUCCGGCGAUGUGGUAGUCUAGUCAGACAGCAAGAAUUGAAAUCUAAGUUGAAUCAAGGAUUAAGUGUUGAUCUUGCAAACGGACAAUAUAAUGUUCACGAUUGUGCCAAUGUGCUCAAGACAUUCCUAUCUGAGCUCUCUGAGCCUCUUCUUACAGACAUUUUUUAUAAGAUCAAUUGUGAAAUUCCUGGUAUAACUGAGCAAAAAAUCAAUUCGGCUUUGUUGUCUCCGUCUAAAAAGAACAAGAAACUCAAGAAACUUCAAUUACUACUGUUACUUUUACCAGCAAAUGUUCGUAAAUUUGUCCAUGAUUUACUAACCCUUUUGAACAAAACAGCAGCUCAGAGUGAACUCAAUAAGAUGGAUUCUCGUAAUUUAUCAACACUUUUCGCGCCACACCUGUUAUUUCCAAAAGAAGCUAGUGCCAGCGAGAUUCAACAGCAUUUGAUUAUUCUCACAGAUGAACUGAAAUUUAUGAUUGAUAAUGUAAAUGUAAUAUUCGAACCGCCUAGAGAGUUGGUUAUCGACGCUAAAAGAGAAUCCCAAAAACUUGAGAAUGGCGAUUCUGGAGAUGAUGUUGUCGAUACCGUUUUAACAUUUUGUAGUCGAGAUAAUUUACCCAAACAGCCUGAGACUGCCAAACAUCUUGCUGAACUUUAUGCUUACAUAAGCAGUAUGCCCGAGACUCCUAGAAAGCGUACUUUAAUCAAGCAGUUUAAUCGACAGAAUGGUGGCAUCACUCCACUAUCCGUUAAAAAAGAUGAUAGUGUUAAACAUAAAGCAUCUAACAUGAUGAAAGCUUUUGGCAAAGGAAUAAGAAAAGGACUGAAUCUCUUUCCAGGAGGUACACCAAAGACUCCCAAACUAAGCAAAAGUUGUGAUCAAUUGUCAGAAAAGUCAACCCCUUGUACAGGAAAUACUCGACCAAGCUGGAGUUCUGAAACAAAUCUCGCCGAGAAUGACAAAUUUGAAGAAAAUUUUGAUAACGAUAAUUCAAUUGAAAUGUGUUCGACUGAAGAUGUCCAAACUCCACAGAGAACUCCAAAAAAAAUCAAGAUCACUCAAUGAGUUUUCAAGCCUGAUAUUUAAAUUCUUUUAAUUUUUUAUCAUAAUUAUUAUCAUUUUAAAAUUGAAUUUUUAGAAGCAACCAAGCAAAUCAACUCUCAAGCUGUGAACGAUUUGUUUUUAACCAAUACAACUGUCUUCAAAUUGUUCUCAAACGUUAGCUUGUUUCAUAUUAUAAUAUUACAAUCGACGCAAUUUGAUCGUAAAAUUAAUUUUAAGAUACGUGAUGUAAAUUGAUUUAUGUUAAUCUAUGAAUUGACACAAAAAAGUGGGAAGUCGGAAAUUUAUGAUUAUGGUGGUGAAAGGAAAUGGUUGAAGCUUUUUUUAAAAAUCAUGAUUUUUAUGAGUUAUUUCGACUGGUUAAAAAUGUGAAUAAAGGAGCUCGAAUUUUAAACGUUUA